UCGCUAUCCAUCUAUGACUCAACCUCAACCUCAACCUCAACCUCACCAUCACAUCCCAUCAAUCCCCCAUCCCUUCCUCAAAUAACCAAAGCAAAAGCAAAAAUGGCACUCUACCCCCUCGCCCCGCACGCCCCCCUCCUCACUCAGUUCCUACACAAAAACACAAACGAUGUGCCCACCCCAGCCAUCAUACUCGACCGCGCGCUGAUAAAACGGCACUGCGAGGCCAUGCUACGUGUCUGCAGCGACCUGGGAGUAGGAUUCCGCGCGCACGUUAAGAGCCACAAGACGCUCGAACUAUCCAAACUGCAAGUCAGCGCUGCCCCAUCCCAACCGGCGAAUUUCAUCGUGUCGACGGUGAUGGGGGGCGAGCAGUUAGCAGACUAUGUGAGGGAGUGUCAGGGUGUGGGGAGGGAGAGCAGUAUUCUCUACGGCGUGCCUGUUUCCCCAUCGGCUGUCCCGCGACUGGUGGAUCUCGCGCGUACGCUGGCGCCGGGGUCCGUCAAUGUGAUAGUCGAUAACCGGGAUGCGUUUGUCGCGUUCCAUGACAAAGUCAAGGAGAGUGGGGUGCAGAUCGGCGUGUUUGUCAAGAUCGAUACGGGGUAUCACCGCGCGGGGAUUACGACUUCAUCGCCGCGGCUCCCCGCGCUCGUGGAAACCAUCGUCGAGCGAGUGGGAGCUGAGUUCCGCGGGUUCUACUCGCACUUUGGACACUCGUAUGCAGGCAACUCCGAGGACAACGCGGCAGAGGGGCUGAUUGAGGAGUUGGUUGGGCUGGAAGCAGCGUGUCGAGUAGUUCCUGCGUCGUAUACUGGGAAACUAGUGUUGAGCGUUGGGGCCACGCCAACUGCGACAGCGGCGCAGAACAUGCUUUCGAGCGGGUCGCCGCGGGUCAAAGAGUUCCAGGAGGUGUUGGGGAGACUGAAAGAAAAGCAUGUUGUUGAGUUGCAUGCGGGUGUGUAUCCGUUGUUGGACUGCCAGCAGGUGGCUACGCAUGCGCGACCAGCGGCGGGCAUCGGGGGACUGUCCAAGGAAAACAUUGCGAUUCGGAUGCUCAUGGAGGUGACGAGCGUGUACGACGAGCGCGCAAAGCCCGAGGCGCUGGUGUCGGCUGGGUCGCUGGCAAUGGGUCGCGAGCCGUGUAAGAGCUAUCCUGGAUGGGGCAUUGUCACGGGCGCGAUGGGUAAUAGUGGGACAGGGUCGGUGUACGAUGAGAGUGGCGACAAGACGGGGUGGAUUGUGGGGAGAAUCAGCCAGGAGCACGGCAUCUUGACUUGGGAGGGCGAGAGGGAGAAGAUGAACCCGCUGGCGAUUGGCGACAGGGUGACGAUCUGGCCAAACCAUGCUUGUGUGGCCGGCGCUGGAUUUGGGUGGUACCUCGUUGUUGAUUCUGACGAGGGUAAGGGUGAUGUGGUUGUGGACGUGUGGGUGCGCUGGCGGGGGUGGUAGAGCAGACGCGCAGGCCAAAUAGCGUGUCAAGAUUCAUGAUUAAGAGAGUGUCAAGACCCAUGAACAGGAUAGAUGUCAAGACUCAGUCCAAAAUAACCUCACUUCCACCUGGGCAGUCACCGCUGACUGGGGUGAGUGGCAUACUUGGGUGCUGACGCCCUGCCC